AUGCUGCUCACAUUCAAUAUAGACGGUGAGCAUGUGGAUCAUCUCCUCCUCAGUCCAGUGCAGCACCAGGACAUGCUGAAGCCUCCUCGCAGUAGCCAUUUUGUUGAUGAAGGUCAGCAAAAAAGUCUUCAGAAAAUUGUUCACAGAGGACGCACUCUGGAGGUAGCAAUGGAUGUGAACGCUUCCUGUUUUACAUCAACGAUACACAGGAAACUGACGCAUUCCAAUACUUUACUGCACUAUACCAGCUGUCAUCCUUUCACACAGAAACGUGCUGUGGUGAAAGCACAUCAGCUGUCUUUGUCAUCCAGCAGUCCAUCCAGCUAUCAUGAUGUUGUUUAUGGUAUGUUUCAGCAUGGUAGUAUGGUCUCUGGCACAGAAGAGCUUGAGUUCUUUGGAGAGUCCAUCUGUGAGGUUAACACCGAUAUCGCACUAGAUGUAUCCUCAAACGUGGAGUUCCACUUGUGGAUGUAUUCAGUGGAUGAUGACACAGGGGAUGUUGAACAGGCAACUGGACUUGAGGAGGAUCCCUGCUAUUCUUUUGUUCGAAGUAACCUUCUAUCAUCUGGAGUCAAUGGUGCAAUGGACAAUUCAAAUGGUAUAGGACUUGAGGAACCUUGCUAUUUACUUUCUGGAAGUAGCCUUCCAUCAUCUGGAGUCAAUGGUGGAAUGGACAAUUCAAAAGCUCUAGAAACAAAGGAAGAUCUGUUAAAGAAUGGCAGGCAGCCAACAAAACUGUUAAUCGCAUUCAUUAUUACAGUGAUCAUCCUGCUGACAGCAAACAUAGCCUUGAUUACUUGGAAUGCUCACUUGUCAAAUAACCUGCAUCAGUCAAUCCAGCAUCUUGCAGAAAAAGAUAAACAAAUUGGAGAACUUAACAUUAGUUGUGGAAACCUCAAUACAGAACUGCAAGAAAACAAGGGAAAUUUUUCUGUACUCAUCAGGAACAUUCAGUCUAUGUUUAAAGGAAAAGAACUUCCUGAUUUAAGAAUACCCGGUACCCAGUUGUCAAAUAUCCUAAAUCAAUCGAUUCAGAAUCUUGCAGAAAAAGAUAAGAAAUAUGUACACCUUAACAUUACUUAUGGAAACCUCAGUAAAGAAAUGCAAGAAAUCAAGGGAAAUUUUUCUGAACUCAUCAGGAACAUUCAAUCUGUGUGUGAAGGAAAACUUCCUGAUUUAAAAUUACCUGGUAAAUGUUUUCAAUUGUUUAUAAAUUACAACUAA